CCGUACACAGAUUAUAAAUUUUCAGUCGAUCAAUCAACAUUUUCCAGAAGUUUUCGCUGUUUUCAUCGGUUGAGCUACGCAGUUUCACAAUAUUUUCAAGAAUUGCACUUGUGUAAAAAGUUUUGGUGAUUAUUGUGUACAUUUUCGACUUAUCUAAAAGGUAUCAAAAUGCUGUCUCGAAUGUGUAUAUCCCGUUUUGGAACCAGUCACCUGGCUAUAAAUGUAACACAAAGUUUGAAGACCCCGGUACCCCAGAGGUUCGUGCCGAAGAACUACGUCGUGAGAAACUAUGCUCGAGAGCCCCGUGCAAGAGUCGCCACUAGGGUUCAACCCACUAUCUGGGAAAGGCUUAUGGCGCCUGCUGGUCCAAACGCUUUCAGUUUAGGAAAAGGUGCAUUGGCAGGGGCUUCCGCAGUGGGGUUGGCGGCUCUCUGUUACUAUGGGUCUGGCAUCAAACCUGGCACACUGCAAGAGGCACACCUCUGGCCUCAAUAUGUGAAGGACCGUAUCAAAACAACUUAUGGGUAUAUAGCAGCUUCACUGGCAGUUACUGCUGGAAGUGCAGUAACUGUCUUCAGAACACCGGCACUACUGAAUUUAGUGGCACGAAGUGGAUGGAUGUCUAUACUCGUGACAAUGGGUCUCAUGAUCGGCUCUGGCAUGGUUGUGCGUGGUAUGGAGUACAGGCCAGGGUUUGGACCUAAACAGCUGGCAUGGCUGGUACACACAGGCAUAAUGGGUGCAGUAAUAGCACCUUUGUGCUUCCUUGGUGGACCGAUCCUAACUCGUGCUGCUUGGUAUACCGCGGGUGUCGUGGGUGGUCUGAGCACAGUGGCGAUCUGCGCGCCGUCUGGAGAGUUCCUGAACAUGCGAGCACCAUUGGCCAUGGGUCUAGGAGCUGUGUUCGCUGCUUCUCUGGCUAGCAUGUUCCUGCCCACCACCACUGCAUUGGGAGCCGGUUUGUACUCGUUCAGCUUGUACGGCGGUUUGGUAGUAUUCGGCGGCUUCCUUCUAUACGACACGCAGAUGAUCGUCAAGCGAGCAGAGACCCACCCCAUGUACGGUUUCCAGCCCUAUGACCCUAUUAACUCAGCUGUGUCAGUAUACUUGGACGUUCUGAACAUCUUCAUGCGCAUCGCGAUGAUCCUCGCCGGCGGCGGCGGCCAGAGAAGGAAGUAAACAAACUAUGUUGCCAUGCAGAGAAAGCAGCAAAUAUAAAACCAGAAAAAUAUUUAAAGUAACUGUAGGGGAUUUACUUUAAAUCUGUCGUGCUUCUUUCCGAACGUUUCGAACGAAAUGUAGCAGAAGCUUUAACAUGUGAUAUUUGUAGGUAAGCUUAGAUUAAAUAAUGUUAUAGAUACAAGCUCUCAGGGAAGAAAAAUGCGCGAAUCAUAGGCAUAGCUACGAUCACGGCUUUAGUUUAUCAGCCAAAAAAUUCGUGAAAAAUUUGUAGAACAAGUUGUUUCAUUCUACAUUCAAUUUAGUUGUUUUAUUUAUUUAGUAUGUAUUUUGAAGUUGACUGUAUGGGUGAGUUAAAUGUAUGUUAUUACAUUUUGAAAGUCAAUCAUAAAGUCUGCUAUGAAAUGAAACGCUUUUAUUUCACCUAUCUCCAUAAUUCCAAAUAUAGAUUGUCGCAUAUUUAUAAGACUCCGUCUUCAGGUGUUUUAUACAGUACACUUUAAUUGAAAGUAAAAUAGAUAACGCGUAGUGUGCGCUACGACCCAUGGAUGUUUUCAAUGUGAAGUGUACUGUAAAUUACAACUUGUAAAAAGUUCGCGCGAGCUACCCAUAAGGCGCCACGUGUGCGAUUACUUUAGGCUUUACUAUAGCGAUUUAUAUGCACGUUGGCGUGGUGGUAACUAAAGAUCUGUAAAAAGCUUUAUAAUCUUCAUUACCCGACUUUAACCCUGCUCCAACGCCUUACACUCUAUAAAGUAUGAGUCUGUAUGUAGGAUAUUUCUCGCGGCUUGAUAUUGUAUCUAUAAUGUUUAUAAUCUAAGGUCAUUAUGUCAUGUUAGGUGUAGCAGUAUGUUAAAUUGGGCGUCGAAAAUAUUAACGAGUAUGUACAUUGUGUCAAUAUAAAUUUCCCUAUAUUUUUAUUUUAUGCUCUAUAACAACUUUAAGAUGCAUCAAUUUUUGUUAAAUAAAAUAUCAAACGGUA